CCCCGCAGCGGUUGGGCGGCGGCCGCUGGCGCUCCCCGCCGCCUCUCGCUCCUGCCGGCCGCGGCCUCCUUGCGAGUGAGGCGCUGGCUCCGGCAAGUAGGUGCCUGCCACUCGGUUCCCUCGUGGGUGAGCGGCAUUACCCUCCGCUGCCGCGCGUACCGCUGGGCCGGCGCUGGGCGGCGCGGUGCGCGGAGUUGGGCUUUCUGUCGCGUGGGCAGCCACCCGUAGCAGUACUUAAUCCAGUUUUUGGGGUAUCAGCGCUCUGUGGGAAAAUAUUUCCUCGCCUUUCCUACAGAUUCUUGGGGAGACGCUCCGGAACCGCGCCUGCCUGCCCGCUGACACCAGCACUGCUGUUGAUUCAAGGCCAGGAGGUGUGGACUGCUUAUAGACUUUUGCAGUAGAACAAAUAAGCAAGGAUACUUCAACCAUUUUAGUGCAGUGCACUGUCACAGGUCCAGCCAUGCCUGCAGAAGGGAAAAGUGAUAUGGAGAGGAUUGGCCUCUUCAGUGAAAUGGGUUAUGUUACCAUUGGAGAUAAAUAUAUAUCACAUUAUAUGCGCCCUUUUAACGAAGCUGCGGGCAAGAACAAACAGAUGUUACCAGGGGGGACCAAAACAUUGUCAGCUCUGCAGGCAGGUUACUUUGAGCCUCAGUUUGUGAGGAUUUUCAACGGUGAAGCCUACUCAAACUCUGUUCAGCUAAGGAGACGCUAUAGAUUGGCAGAAUCAAAGAAAAAUGUGGGCAAAGCUUUCCUUCCCAGCAAUGGAGACAAAUUGCCAUGUGGACUUGGCAGCUAUUAUGGAACCAUUGGAGGUUCGUAUGCGUACUUCAGUCCACAACUGAAAGCCAGAGAAAGAUACAUUCCUCCUGGAAAGAAUUUUUAUACUAAUCCAGGAAAGAAAGGAACUGGAUAUGGUUACGCAAACCUUACCAUAGGUGAACAAUAUGUGCAUGAACCUGAUGGGUAUGAAGUAGAAAGAAUAAAUGCAAAGAAAGCACGCGAGGAACAUAAACGGUUGGUUAAAGGAGGACCUUUCAAGUUAAAUCUGUAUCCCCAGGAGUAUUUUGACAUGAAUCCCUAUUUUAAUGACAAACCUUUGCCACCUGUGAAGAAGCAGCCUCCAGAGAAGCCAAUUGCACCACCUUUCAAACCAAGUUCUCCUGCUAAAAAGUCAGGGGGCAUGAAAGGAGGGACAUUUGACCCUUACCCAAGCUAUUCUGCUGACCCUUAUGUAAUUAAAAAAUCUAAUGCUGUCACAACUAAUAAACAACAACAGAUUUUUCAUCCUCCUGCUGGACCAAAAAGCAGACCUGUUAGAAGCAUAAUAACUUUAAAUGUCACAAGAUCAUUAAAUGUAAAGAACUACAAGACUGCACAGCUGACAACUUAUUAGGUACAAAAGGUGAAAUGAAGGGCACACAUUUUAGACUCUGUAAACUGUUAACAAAGCAAAUAAAAAUGUGAAAAGUGGAAUUCAAGUAUAUAGGGCAAUCCAAUCUGUUUAAUUAUUGAGAAUGCAAUCUUGUAUUUCUCAAUAUAAGGCUAUAAUUUAAGAUCUUUUAUUUAUUAAGCCCAAGGUUGUAUGUUUAUAUGAAUUUUCAUCUUAUUGCUUAACUGGACUUUUGAAACUCACUUUUAGGAAGCAUACUUUCUGAUGAGUAAUUUGGGUGGCAGAUAGACUAUGUAUUGCAUUGGAAGAAAGCGCAUGUAUUUUAAAGUGAGUAUCAUUGUGUAUUUUAACCAGGUUAGUCACAUGUGUCCCACAGUGAAACUGAGGUCAUUGUUUCCCUUUAAUAGAAUUAUAACUUGUACUUUAUUUCAGCUACAAUUUUGUGUACAAACUGUCUUAAAAAUAUGUAAUUUUUAGUUUUGAGGACCUUCUCAAAAUGACCAAUAUCAAGCAUUGUUCAAAAACAGACCACAAACAGGCUGUUUUGAAGGGAGAAGUCAUCUCUAUUUACCAGCAUCUAUUUAUCUCUCUUCCUCAAUUUCCUGACAAGUGUAAGUGCUGCCAUAUUCUACAAGAGCAGCUUAAUUUCACUUUGUGUACAUGGAAGGUUCCUAACAAAUCUGAUCCAUCUUUCAAACUAGCUUCUACUCAGACAGAAGUGUGAUCCUAAAUGUACACCUUAGCUCCAUCUUAAUUUUUGUCAGGUUUUUAGAUGUGGUCCAAGAAAUUUGUUUGUGUAAAUCAAAGCUAAUUUAUGAUAAAACUUUAAAAUAUCCUCAGCAUUUAUUUAUCCAUAUAAUUACAUGAAGACGAAAUUUCUUUAAUUUUUAUUAAAUAUUUAUUGUACCACUGUAGAAUAUUCAUGAAAUGGUAUCCUUAUGGCUGUUCGCAGGUUAAUAGUUUUAAAAAGAAAUUCCAGACUGGAUCUCACAUUUCCUGGCAUCAAGGAAAAUAAAACUAAACCCAAGAAUUGUUGGUCAGGUCUGAGCAUGUGUUGAAGCAUAAAACCCCUUACCUUGAAAUCAACAGGACCCAACAAUAUUUUAAAAUAUUAAUUUAUACAAGAAUUUUGAUGCUUUCUCUAUCCAAAGACUUGUAACAGAAUUCCUUCUUUGUUUAUACCUGCUAUUAGAUAAUGGUACUGGUGUUGACCUUAGGUGCCUUACUGUCAUCUUUGUACAGAGUAUCAGGAGCAUUUGCCGUGUUGUUUACCUGUGAAAUCUGCAGACACAGCAUUCCUAGGUAGAUUGAACUGUACUGUACUUCUUCCUAACUGCUGUUCUGGUGUAGUACAGCUGAUAAAGACUGCUCUGAAGUUUUUCUUUAUGUCCUUCUAUCUCUUCUCUUCUUGCAAUUCUUCCUCCUCUAUUUUUCUCUGUAUUUCAAUCAUCUUUUCAUUCACUACCACGAUGGAAAUACUGAAAGCUGAUUAAAAUACAUGGAGCUUAAAAAAAAAAAAAAAAUUAUCUUGUUUGAGAAAAUGUUAGUGUAUGUGGACUAGCCUCAUGUGAUCAUCAUGGAAACCAAUAUCUUCAACCUUUAAGUCCCCACCAGAAAAUGUGUGGUCCCACAGAGCUGCCACCCAGUUCUAGCUAGGGCCUCAGUAUGCUGUUUUAAUGCAAAUGGUAAUUGUGUCCCUUGGAUUCUUGGCAGUACCUCUGACUGAUGGUGGAAUUUAGAACUUUCUUACAUUUUAUUACUCAGUUAUUUAAGGUAAGGAAGACGUUAGGCAUUACUUACUUAGUUUUCAUAAUAACAGCUUCCCUAUGUCCUUACAGUAUCAGUAUAGCCAGUCACAUUUAUAACUGAUUAUGACCACAAUUUAAUAGCUACAAUCUGAAGCAACUUCAUGUUUAUGCGAGUGUUAAAUGCAGUUAAACACCUGACCAUCUACUCAAUAGCCCAAGUAUUUACCACUUUAAUGUCCUUGUUGACAUUGGGUAUACAAUGCAAAAUUGUGGCAAUACAUCUUUAAUGUAGCUCUUUGUCAUUCUACUGCGUGUGUCAGUCAUGAUACAAAAACAUGCUCUAUUACAGUUAGUCUUCUAUUACAAACCAGAUAAAUAAAUGUUAGUUUUCUACAAUCAGUCUGUAUGAUUUUUUUGAGAAAUAGGAAGAAAUGGAUCACUUUCAUGUCUCUCAAGAUCGUGCCCUUUAUUGGCCAGGAGCUUGUACACCUAGUGUUGCGCUGCUAGGAAAGUGAAGAUAAAUAAUUACCUCUAAGUCUGUUCUAGAAACACCAGUAACUAAUCACAUGGGUUUACUUUCAUGGAUUUAUUUAUUAAAGAGUGAGUAAAACAGUUGUUCCUAAGAAAAUAGUCCUAAUAGUGUUGCAGAGACACUGCAUAUAGGUAGCUUCAACUUCACAGCAUAUUAUAUGCAGUAUUUUUGAGGAAUUCUUCCUCCCCAUGGUCUCUUGUCUGAGAAAAUCAGAGUAUUUUUGCAGUGAUUGUAUCCAUAAAGAUAAUUUUUGCACUUUUCAUAGCUAUGACCAUGUUACCUGAAUACGUUUGCACUGAAAAUGUUAAAAUUCCUGUUUUAACUAAUAAGCUUUCUAAGUCAGUAUGUAGUAUAAAGAGAUGAAGGGUACUUUGUGUUGACUAAAUACGAACCAGAAUUAGAUGUCAUCUAAAACAUAUGCAAACAUAGAUUGAACGUAAUUUAGGACUUCUGGGAGAGAUAAUCAGUGAAAUGUUGUGGCAUGUACUAUGCUGUUCAGCUAAAGGGUUGUUAAGAUUCCCCUGCAACUCUUGAAAUCCUAGGGACAGAAUUCUAUCUCCUGUAAAAUGUUUCAUUAAAUUUCUCUAUACUACUAAAAUUGUGUAAAGACCUGCUUUUGUGAAUCUGUGAAAUUCAGCCAAGUAUCAAAAAAUCAGGCAGUUCUUUUUAGAACAUACAAAAACCAUGGAAAUGCCUAGACAUAAGAAUUUCAAAUGUUUUACAAAAUGGUUUAUUACAAUUUAUUUGAAGCAACACACUGUUGUAGGUUAUCAGAUGCUGCCUGGAAAAGAAAAUAAAGCUCAUACCUUGUGAAUUGUAUUCCAAAGUUUUAUACUUAAAACAGAAAUUUGUGUACAAAUUCUAGUGGAAUAUUCCAAGUAACAGUCAUAUUGCGUGGUACCAGAACUGUAACCAGGUUUCCUUUGCCCACAGACCAGUGCUGUAGCUUGGCGUUGGAGAGAAAUAUAAUCCUUAUGCAAGUGGCGGAAUUCAAACUGCAAUAUAUCACAUUUUCAGUAGUUGACAGGUGAUUUUCUAAUAGUAAGCACUCUUUGGUCAAUUUUCUAAUGUCACUUUCAUAUUUGGAAAUGUCUUGUCUAUAUUCCUGCAGUUCUUUCUUAAGGAACUGAAUUUCCUCUGCCAUGUUUGUUACCGCUGUUGAUAACCUCUCGCAUUCUUCAUUUGCACUUUCACAGGUAACAGCAGCCAUCUUUUCUUCUACUUUCUGGUUCCGAAUUUGAAAAUCAUGUUGUGGCUGUACUGAAUGUUGGUUUCUAUUAUGGAAUUGAUUCCUCUCUUCCUCAAGGAUGUUCUUCUCGUUUUGGAGUUCUUUACAUUUUCUUAAGAAGUUAUUUGCUUCCUUAAUACAUUCCUUGUUAUCUUCUUGUGAUUCAACUAACUGAAUUUGCACACUUUUCUUUCGUUUAGCUAAAUCCUUAAUUUGCAUCUGACAUUUUGAUAUUUUUUCCCUCAAAGACUGCACGGUAAGCGUAAGAGGUUCCACUUUGUUCUUGAGAGCUAAAUUUUUAUUCGGAAGAUCGCACACUGUUUUUUGCAAAUGCUCCAAAUUUUUCAGGGACUUUUGCAAUGCAACACUUUUGCCACCAUAUUCAGAGGCUACUUUGAUUUUGCUGAACUUCUGAUUUCCUGGCCUCUGUAAGGUUUGAUUUAAAGUAGUCUGCUGUUGUUGUUCUUUUUCUAGUUGCUCUUUGUUAUCAAGCAUUAGUAACUUAUCCUUCACCACCUUGGUAAAAGAAUUAACCUGGAAUCUGUCACAUUCACUGUAAUUGAUCCUAAAUUCUUUAUGUACAUUUUUGCUUUGAGAUUCUGCUUUUUCACUGUAUACUGUUGUAGGAGAACCACUCCCUACAUUGACAUAUUCGGAGUCUUUAUAAAAUUCUUGAUCAAAAUGUAGGCUAUUUUCUUUAACUGGAGCUAAAUCAAUAUGUGUUUCAUCUAAAGAGAUCACCAUUUCUGCACUUUCUUUUAAGUUAUUUAAUUUUUCUCUGGAUAAAAAGCCAGAUUUUUCUGUAUUAUUUGCUAACAAAUCCAAAUUAUUACAGACUGACUUCUGAAAUUCUUCUUUCAGCAAAUUAGUAGGAUAAUUAGUAUUGUGUAUUUUAUGAAAUUCUUUCCCAAAUUUGGGAAAAGGUAUAUGAUGUUUAUAUUUACUCAAAAUUACAUUCUCAUGGGGAGCAUUCAACCUUUGUGUCUCCAAAUCAGUGGCAGAUAGCAAAUGUCCACAUUUAUGUUCAUUUUUGAUUGAGUGUAUCCUGUUGUUUCCAAACAGAUCUUCUGAAUUUUCAACCUUUUCAGUUGCUAUAGUUUUAAGUGAAAUCCUCUGUGGAGUAUUUAUAUCACUGAUGAUACUUCCAGUAUUGGAAUUUGCUUCCAUGUGCUCAUCUGAACAGAGUUGUUGAUCAUGAUUAACUUUUCUCUUAGAAGGCAGCAGUUCAGGGUUUUCCAUAAGCUACCUCACAAAAUCAAAAACAAAUGUACAAAAAACUGUCAUGCUGGAAAAAUUGUGGAACAUUGCAGUACUGGAAACACAGGACAACUAAAUUGUUACCAAAGCCAUUUAUCAAUCAAGACUUGUACAGUUUACCUCUGACAAUUCCAUUUACCCAUUAAAAGAAUGUAAACAAUUAUCGUAGGCCCCAUUUUGUUCAAUACUGGGCUUUGGAGUGGGCACAAAAUACCAAGUGUCUUAAAUUGAUUUUAUUUCCAGCAAAGGAGGGAUGAUUUAAGGAGACUGUGGUUUCUCUUUGAUUGUUUUUAUCAUCACAGUCCCUAUGAAAUAAGGGCAAACUGGAGUUCACGCUAAAUAUAGACAGAAAAAGUAGCAUUUAUGCAGCAUUUCAUAGGAGAGGGACAAAAUUUAUUCCCUGACUUCAUGUCUCUCUGACAUCCUCGACUCUCUGCCCUGUCUCCCUAUAUGCUUUGCAUUGCACACUGAAGAGAAUCCAAAUUAAUUUUGGGAAGAUCAGGUUACAGUUUUACCUGUGCAGAAGAGAAACUGAGUUUUAAUCAUAAUGGGUGGGAGGGAAUAAUAUAUGUAAUUAUGGCUAAAGUUUUGCUACCCAGAAAAACCUCAGGAAGAUGAUACUGCUUUUUUUUUUUUUUUUCUUUUUAAAAUCCAGAAUAACUCUUGGGUUAUUUUCCAAAAAAACACAUCACUCUCAAAACCCAAGGCCCAGCUAAAGAACAACUUGUUUUUGUAGGUAAAAAUUGUUAAACAUACCAGAGAAGCAUCACUUGGCGUGCAAGUCAUCAGAAUCUCGUCUGAAUUACAAGGUGGAGUUUUCCUUGCAAAUAUAUUUUUAUUUAGUAUCUCAUGGAUUUUAGACUGUGCCUGAAAAAUAUUGAGAUUGUUUACAAAAAUCUUAAAUGUAGAAAUAUUUAAUUUUCCAAACAUAUCCUAUUACUCAAGUUCUCUCUUAGGAAGGACAGACCAGAUAGGAGUGGCAUGUAGAAAUUCCGAAUUGUUUAUAACCAACAAAGUGUAAAAUUAAAUGUCCUUCCAGCAUAAGCCAUUUAUGUUUUAUAUAAAGAACCAGAUAAAAUGAUGCCAGAAAAAAUGCUCCUGAAAAGGUGGCUUGGCAUUUUGUGAAACAUGACAGUUUGCAACAGGUUCUGCUGACAGUGAUGUAAUAUGGAAUUAACUUCUUUAAAAACAACAGAGCUUCCUUGAGUUUCCAGUGAUGUAAGUGAGAGAAGGAUCUAGUCCUUCCCUUUUUUAUUUCCUAACUCAGUUUUGGUUUUCCUUUGUUUUUCUGAGGUUUUAAAAUAGGUUUUAGAAGGCUCCAAAUAAUACUGUGACUGGGUGAGCAAGAACCUAGAAGUGAGAUUAUCUUUUUUAAGAUGGACAGAUAUUUAAAUGUAUACUUAAUGUACACAAUAGUCUAAGAAUAUAUCUUACUUAAAACACCUAUGGCAGUAUCUAAAAAUGCAGCAGGAGGCUGUUGUAUUUUAAGAGCAUUUGUGUUCUACUUUUACCGUGGUAAUAUUCUGCAAUGUCUCUUGCCGAAAUGUCUGAAAUGAUUCCAGCUGUUGCUGAAGAAUCUAAAAUGUAUAAAAUAAAUAUCAGAAAAUUGAUAAA